AUGCUUUUUCUGUUUUGUGUUUUUCUUGUUCAUCAUCAGGCUGGUCGAUACGUUCAUAUUCGAUUUGCAGCUCGGACGGGGGAUGCUAUGGGUAUGAAUAUGGUAAGCAAAGCAACGGAUAGUGCUUUGCAUUGUCUUCAAAAACAGUUUAGUAGUAUGCAGGUAAUUUCUAUCAGUGGAAAUAUGUGUACAGACAAGAAACCCGCGACGAUCAAUACAAUUCUCGGCCGUGGUAAAUCUGUCAUCGCUGAAGCACGUCUUCCCGCCAGCGUGUUAGCUCAGGUGUUACACACCACUGCACAUCGGUUAGCACGAUUAGCACAUUCGAAAAAUUGGCUGGGAUCAGCAUUGGCCGGCUGUUCAGGUAUGAUGGGAUCGAAUGCUCACGCGGCGAAUAUUAUCGCUGGAAUGUUUGCUGCGACGGGGCAAGAUUUAGCUCAAGUGGUUGAUUCCUCCGCGUGUUUAACCCAACUGGAAGUUGAUUCCUCCGAUGAUUCAUUGAUCGCCAGUGUUACAAUGCCAUGUUUAGAAGUUGGUACAGUUGGUGGUGGCACCCGAUUGCCAGCACAACGUGCAUGUCUUGACCUAUUGGAUUUAAGCGUCGAUCGGCCAACGGAACACUUGUCACGCUUGAUUGCUGGAACUGUACUUGCUGCAGAACUCAGCCUGAUGGCAGCAUUGGAUACGGAUGAUCUGGUCAGAGCACAUAUGCAUUUGAAUCGGGCUAAGUCAACACCAGCAACAGCAACAACUCAGGUGCUUAACAACAACAGCAACAGUAAUGGCACCAAUAAUCCUACUGCUGCUGUCGGUAUUGGUAGUGGUGGUACUACAUCACCGAAUCAUCUUGUUGGAAAUCAUUCAGACGUUCAGACAACUGGUCAUUCAGCAGGAGUAGGAGUAGUGCAUGAGAAGCGAUUCUCUGUGAAAAGCGAUCCAGCCAUGAAUUCAGAGAUAUCGCAUUACAUAAUGUAA